ACCUUCUCACAUAACAUUUUUCUUUGGUUUUUGCUGCUUCUUUCUCAUCUCUUUAUCUUUUUUUUUUUCUUCAUUUUCUCCUUUCUUCAGCUUCAGCUUUUUUUUUUGUUCUAUUAUAAUGGCUGUGGCUAUGGCUUCUGCUGCUAAUUGUGGUGUAUACUUUUCAAGCAACACUAACAAGCUUAAUUUUCCUGUUUUUGAUUUCAAAAACCAUUCUUGGUCUGCUGCCUUUGUCACCACACCACCCAACAUUCUUGAGAAAAGAAGUGUUAGAUUGUCAUUUUCAAUGAUGGGGAUCAUUCCACGAGCAACAUCAUCAGCCACAGCUGUGGAGAGUGAUGGAAGUUUCCAGGACACUGAUACAGUUCCAACCCCCAAAGUUAUAAUUGACCAAGACUCUGAUCCAGAUGCCACCGUAGUGGAAAUAACCUUUGGUGAUCGGCUUGGAGCUCUUUUGGAUACUAUGAAUGCACUAAAAAAUCUGGGGUUGAAUGUUUCUAAAGCAAAUGUCUAUCUGGAUUCAUCUGGGAAGCAUAACAAGUUUGCCAUCACUAAGGCUAGUACUGGAAGGAAAGUUGAGGAACCAGAACUGCUUGAGGCAAUACGUUUGACGAUUAUUAACAACUUACUUGAAUAUCAUCCAGAAUCAAGUUCCCAGUUAGCUAUGGGUGCAACCUUCGGCGUUGAGCCACCAAAAGAAAAGGUUGAUGUGGACAUUGCAACCCACAUAAGAGUUGAUGAUGAUGGUUCUGAUCGUAGCUUGCUCUAUGUGGAGACUGCUGACCGUCCAGGGUUGCUGGUGGAUCUUGUCAAAAUUAUUACUGACAUCAACAUCACCGUUGAGUCUGGGGAGUUCGACACUGAGGGGUUGUUGGCAAAGGCAAAGUUUCACGUCAGCUACAAGGGUAAAGCUAUCAUCAGGCCUCUGCAGCAGGUUCUUGCUAAUAGUUUACGAUAUUUCUUGAGGCGUCCUACUACGGAGGAGGCGAGUUUUUGAGUCACCAUGAUGAUGCUAUAAGCCUUGCCUAGCUAAACCAUGUUUAGGAGCUUACAUCAUCAAUUGAGUUUAGAAUUAUCUUAUUAUAUCCCCUCCAAUUGAAUUGGCCAACAGGGUGAAUAUUAUAGCUUGUUCUUCACAACAAUCCUCUCUUCUCUUCUGUAAGAAUUCUUCAAUUAUCCUUUUAGUAUUAUUGUUGCAAUGAACGAUAUUAAUCCCACCAUUUUUCUAGAA